GAGGACCAUGAGAAGCAACGGAGCUGAAACAUAGCCUAACAAUUCCGGAAGCGGCUUAAGUUAUGAAGUUAACGUGUUAGAAUGAAUUCUUCUCUCUUUACGCUUUGCAUAAAUUCCCAGAAUUAGUAGAGUUAGAGACUAGAGAGAGCGCUUUUUGAAAUUAUUAUUUAAAAAAAAAAAACCUUUUUUUCCUUUCUCUCCUCCUUUGGCGACCGCUAAAACGUUUCCUGGUCUUAAUCCAAAUUCCGAUCGGAAGAUCAAGUUAGGGCUUUCACUCGAUUUUCAAUGGAAAGAAUCAGAAGAGCUUCGCAUGCAGGAUCUUGGUACACUGAUAACCCAAAAAAACUGGCGGAAGAGCUUGAUGGAUGGAUCACGGCGGCUGGCUUGCCUAAAUCCUCUGAUGUAAGAGGUGUAAUUGCUCCGCAUGCAGGUUAUUCAUAUUCAGGUCGUGCUGCGGCCUAUGCUUUCGGAAAUAUAGACCCAACAAACAUUUCUCGGGUAUUCCUUCUUGGUCCAUCUCACCAUUAUUACACUCCAAAAUGUGCUCUGUCAACUGCUACAGUAUACAAGACACCAAUAGGGGACCUACCUAUUGAUUUGGAAGUCAUCGAAGAGCUGAAAGCUACAGGAAAAUUUGAACUGAUGAAUCUUCGUGUUGAUGAAGCUGAGCAUAGCAUGGAAAUGCACUUGCCUUAUCUUGUAAAAGUAUUUGAGGGGCAUCCAGUGAAAGUUGUACCAAUUUUGGUUGGUGCUCUUGGUGCGGAAAAUGAAGCAAUGUACGGAAAGUUGUUGGCCAAAUAUAUAGAUGAUCCUCAAAAUUUCUUCUCAGUAUCAUCAGAUUUUUGUCACUGGGGUUCUCGGUUCAACUACAUACACUAUGACAAGAAGUAUGGGGCCAUACAUAAAUCAAUAGAAGCCUUAGACAAGAUGGGCAUGGAUAUAAUAGAAACAGGAGAUGCAGACGCCUUCAAGGAAUAUCUGUCAGAGUAUGACAACACUAUCUGUGGACGCCAUCCAAUCAGUGUUUUCCUUCAUAUGCUAAGGAACAGUUCAACAAGAAUAAAGAUCAAGUUCCUCCGUUACGAGCAAUCAAGUCAGUGCAAAACUACGAGAGACAGUAGUGUAAGUUAUGCAUCUGCAGCAGCAAAGGUGGAUGCUUGAAGAUGUGAAAUAGAUAAAUAAAUAAAUAUUUAUUCUCUGGUGUGAGAAAUGGCAAUUCAAACUCAUUUGAUUUAAUUUGUAAUAUAAAACGUAAUUACAUGCAUUUUGCAAGACCCAUUAAUUGGUGGGUGACUUGUUCUGCAAAUUGCUGAUUUGCUUCAGUUUGUUUCGGUGUUAAAUUGUGUACUUGUUAUUCGUCUUAGAA